UGCCAUUGCCAUUUUGUUAGAAAAUCUCGCUUAGCGAGGGUGUGUUAUUCAAUGGAGCUUUGCUGAGGAUCGUUUUCUACGACCGGGGCGGGAAUCUACCUUGUCAGAUGGUUCUUCGUACACAGUGUUGCAGCUGUUGGCCUUGCUGCCUCUUGCAGUUCUGAACGCCUCCAGAUAAUCGCCCAUACCUCGACCCCUCCCAUAAACCGACACAAUGUCCGAAAAACGGUCCAGCAGCCAGUCAAGCGAAGGGUCGUUGAUGAGCUACCGCAGCGUCGAACACCAGACUGCAGACUCCCCCUCCCCCGACAGUGAUAAUACAAACAGUGUCACUCCAGACGCCGAUAGCCCCCCCGUUGACCCACUACGACGCAUCCAUCGAGUACAUUUUGGUGCGGAUCGACGAUUUGAAUAUGGAAGCCUGGCGGAAGAGGGGGGCUUCCGUCCCGACGCAUCCCACUUCCGACGCCGUUCAUCUGCACAUAGAUCACUCGAUAUUACAGAUGCACCCGGCCGAAUCUUGCAGGCCUUGGGUAGGGAGGCUGGGGAGGAAGCGAAGGACGAGAAGCGUCCGCCUAGUAUGAAAGAGAAAAUGACCAAAUGGGAUCGUUUGAGAGCAAUCAGAGAUACGGUCAAGGCAAAGACAUCCGAAUUUGCUGCUCGCCUUGGACGCCCGGACGACAUCGAUGAAGAUGACCUGCAACCCAUUGACUAUCGCCGUCGCAGUACGGACAACGACCUCCAUUAUGGCGAAGAACACCCCGACCAAACUACCUGCAGUACCGAAGCUCAUCGUAUCGUCCGUGAACUGGCUCAGGAGGCAUCAGCUCGUCGCAAUAGUACCCGUCGUAACAGUACCCGCAGAGGCUCGAUCUUGCCAGAUGUCACAGAUGUUGACCCUGAAGAUGACGGUCUGGAACGCGACGACGAAAUUGGACGUCGUGCUUCCACUGGAGGCGUUUUGUCACACUUGCUCAAGCUUAGCGGAGGCUGGGAUCAGUUCCAAAAAGGGUCUCGGGGUGUUGCCCUGGCAAGUGAGUUGUUUUACCCCUUUGGCGGGAGCACCCCGGGUACGGCGACGCCUCGAAAAGAGAAGGUCCGCUGGUACAAAAAGCCUGGGAAUGUUUCGACGUCGACUUUAGUGGGAGCCGGAAGUGCCAGUGGGGCCAGUACACCUCUGUCUGGCGAGAUUAUGAGUGUGGCGUCUAGGCGGCGGGACAGGCAUUCCAAUCGCCAUCGCCGCAGCAGCAUGAGACUCGAGGAUGAGAUCCACAUUACCCUCCAAAUAGCUGAAAUCAUUGCCCGGCAGCGAUACAUUAUGCACCUAUGCAAGGCGCUGAUGAGGUUUGGGGCCCCUACUCAUCGGCUUGAGGAGUACAUGCAUAUGACCGCCAAGGUUUUAGAUAUCGAAUGUCAGUUCCUGUAUCUCCCUGGAUGCAUGAUCAUAUCAUUUGACGACCCCAGCACCCGGACAACAGAAGUCAAGCUCGUUCGGGCGGUGCAAGGCGUCGACCUCGGGCGGUUGUCAGAUACGCAUAACGUGUACAAAAACGUAAUACACGACAUGAUCGGAGUUGAGGAGGCUGCGAACGAGUUGGAUGAGCUUAUGAUUAAGAAACCUCGGUUCAACAAAUGGACCAUAGUUCUGGUUUAUGGAAUAGCAACCGCUACCGUGGGACCGUUCGCCUUUGAUGCACGGCCAAUCGACAUGCCUCUCAUCUUCUUCAAUGGCUGUCUCCUGGGCUGCAUGCAGCAUAUCCUUGCACCGCGAUCGGUCCUGUAUUCCAACGUCUUCGAGGUGACGGCUUCUGUGCUCACUUCAUUCCUCGCCCGUGCUUUCGGCAGUAUCAGAUCCACGGCCUUCAACCACGGAACUAGCGAGUUUUUGUUCUGUUUCUCUGCUAUCGCACAGUCAUCCAUCGCGUUGAUUCUGCCCGGAUAUUUAGUUCUGUGCAGUAGCUUGGAAUUGCAGUCGCACCAGAUCGUCGCCGGCUCCAUCCGUAUGGUUUACGCCAUUAUCUACUCGCUCUUCCUCGGCUACGGUGUCACCGUCGGCACGACCAUUUACGGGCUGAUGGAUAGAAAUGCCACCUCAGAUCUCACCUGCCCAGCAGGAGGAGCAUUCAAGAACGCGUACGCCCAGCGCUUCCCUUUUGUUGCCGCGUUUUCUCUCUGUCUCCUCAUCGUCAACCAGGGGAAGUGGAAACAAGCGCCUAUUAUGAUCACCAUCUCCCUGGCCGGCUACAUCACCAACUACUUCGUCGGUUCGCACCUCGGCUCUAACACACAGGUCGCAAACACCGUGGGCGCCUUCACUGUUGGUGUAAUGGGGAACCUCUACAGUCGAAUUUGGCACGGACAUGCCGCCGCCGCCGUCCUACCCGCCAUUUUCGUUCUUGUACCCUCCGGUCUCGCGGCCACCGGAUCCCUCAUCACGGGCGUCGACACCGCCAACGAAAUCCGCUCCAAUGUCACGAACCACUCAUCCAGCAGCACCAGCAGCACCUCGACUUCCACAUCUUCCAGCGAAAUGUCGACGAAUGUUCUGGGCUUCGGGAUGAUUCAAGUGGCCAUCGGAAUCACGGUCGGUCUUUUCGUGGCUGCUUUGGUGGUCUACCCGUUUGGAAAGAGACGGAGUGGAUUGUUCAGCUUCUAGACUGCAUAUCUUUGGGAUAACCUUUCACCUGCACGAUUGUCUACGCUUUACGGCCUACACCUUGCAUCGCUAGCUGGCGUGCUUGAUUUCUUUUUGAUUUAAAGGAGCCCAUGGAAAAAAGAGAGCAAUUGAUGAAGAAUUGGAUGAACAUGGGAAUUCGCAAAAGUUCUUCGGACAAAUCCUUAAUGUAUCUAGCACCCACUAAUAACGAAUGAAAUAGAUUUGACUUGCAUCA